AUGGAUUAUGAGAAAUCGGCGCCCAAGGAGAACGUCGAUGUAUCCGCCAGGGGACCCAUGAGUUUCGAGGAGCUCGAGUCACCUACCUCUUCCCGCGACUCAGAUAGCAUCUCAAUAGCAUCGAGGCCUUCAUAUUACCCACGCUAUGCCGCUGCCAAUACCCUCCAGAGGCAUCUCUCCCACACUUCUUCCGUGGGCGGCGUUGCACCGACCACCGUCAAUCGGACCUGGACUCGCGACACGGCUGGAACGAGCGGGACUCACGAUCCGGAAUUCGAGGUCGACUUUGGUGAAGACGACAAGAGCAAUCCUCAGGAUUGGUCUCUCUGGUACAAGGGUAUCGUCAUCAUGAUCUUCAGCUACGCCACGACCUGCACAGUUCUGUACAGCACUUCGUAUACGUCUGCCAUCCCCGGUAUGACUCGAGAGUUCGGCAUCGGCGAGAACGAAGGUAUCUUGGGUGUCACCACGUACCUGCUGGGUAUGGCCUCGGGGUCCGUGGUACUGGCGCCUCUUAGUGAGAUGUACGGCAGACGGCCCAUCUAUCUCAUUGUCAUGGCGCUCUUCGUCGUCUUUGUAAUUCCCACGGCUGUCGCGCAGAACAUGGCAACGAUUUUGAUCGUUCGUUUCUUCGGUGCGUUCUGUGCUGCUGCCAUGAUCAGCAACGCUCCGGGCACAGUGAACGACAGUAAGAGACUCGUACCUUCUACGUCCUUCACGCCGAGGCUAACGUAUCUCUCCACAGUCGUCGACGAAGACCACCGAGCUUUGGCUUUCAGCGUUUGGUCCAUCGGUCCGAUGAACGGCAAGUCGGAUUUUGUUGAGAAACAGUACACAGGCUGACAGUGACCAGGCCCCGUGAUAGGUCCUGUUGUUGGAGGCUUCGUAUUCCAAUAUCUCGGGUGGCGGUGGACGAAUUGGGUAGUCGUCAUCGUCAGUGGGGUUGCUUGGAUUCUCGUCGCUCUUGUGCCCGAAACAUACGCUCCCUCAAUCCUUCGAAAGAGGGCUCGAAAACAACGAAAGGAGACCGGCGACGACAAAUGGCACUGCCGCUACGACGAUACCAUGGAGUUCUGGCAACUACUGAAGGUCAACCUCAGUCGACCGUUCACCCUCACGAUCAAGGAGCCGAUUUGCUUGUUCUGGGACGUUUAUAUCGCGCUCGUCUACGGCUGUCUCUACCUCUGCUUCGUGGCAUACCCGAUCGUGUUUCAAGACAUUCGCGGCUGGUCGCCAGGAUUUACCGGUCUUUCCUUUACGGGCAUUGGUGUUGGUUCCAUGAUUGUCAUAUGCAGCGAGCCACUCAUCCGACGGAUGAUCAAUGCGCAUGUCAAAGAUCCGGAGACAGAUCGACCGUACCCGGAAGCAAUGGUCAGUGUCGUCUGCAUUGCUUCGGUCCUAAUCCCCGUCGGUCAAAUCGUCUUUGCGUGGACUUGCACUCCCAACGUGCAUUGGAUUGUCCCAAUUAUCGCCGGCGUUCCGUUCGGUAUGGGUAACGCAGGUGUCUUCAUCUACGCCUCGAACUAUCUGGUUCAGUCGUACGGGAUCUACGCGGCAUCAGCUCUCGCCGGCAAUGCGGUGCUAAGAAGUAUCAUGGGUGCGACACUUCCACUGGCCGGCCCUUCACUCUACGCAACUCUCGGUCCGAACUGGGCCGGCUUCCUGCUUGGAAUGCUAGAAGCUGCUUUCAUUCCAAUUCCGUUCAUCUUCUACAAGUAUGGACACAAGAUAAGAAACAAGUCCAAGCUGAUCCGAGAGAUGGCGCAGGACCAGAGGCGCCGAGAAGCGAAGCAGAGACGAGGGGAGGCCAGAAUUGCUAAGCGUAUGGAAGCCGAGGCAGAAGCCGGUGCGGCUAUGGAGACCGGAGCCGCGGUAGCUGAAGUUCUGGAUGAGGAAAAGGCCAUUCGGAAGGAGCCAAGGGAGACCAGCGAGAGUCGGGAUUCGGAUUAG